AUGUCGUUCAUUGACGUACCUGAAGGCAGUGAUUUCACCUGGGACAACUUGCCAUAUGGGGUGUUUUCAACCAAAGAUAAUGUAGGAAUUUAAAUUUUUGAAAAUUAAAAAAAAUUUUUUUUUGAAAUUUUGGUUGAAUAUUUAAAAUUUGAGUUUAUUACGGCCUGAAAAAUUUAUUUUUGAUUUUUUUUGAAGUUAUGUUUGUUUUAGCCCAAAAAUCGAAUUGGAGUAGCAAUUGGAACCAAGAUAUUGGACUUGAGUGUUAUCAGUCAUUUGUUCGAUGGUCCUUUGUUGAACGACAAACAAGAUGUCUUUAGGCAGGUAAGGGAUGUAAAAUACGAAUUUUCAUCUAGACAUGUUUGUAAAAGACAGGGCAGGAUAGUGUAAGGUAGGUAGUGAAGGGUAUGAUAUUGAUAUAGCUGGUUAGUGUAGGAUGGGGUAGGGUGUAGUAAGGUAGGGUAGAGUAGGGGAGGAUCGGGUAGGGUACGAUAAUAUAGGGUAGGCUAGGAUAAUUUACAUUAGACUCUGUAUUGUUUAAAAAACAAAUGUUACAGUACUUAUAUAACUCUAAAAGUCUAAUUUUAGACAAUAUUGAACCCCUUCAUAGCCCUUCCAAGGCAAUAUUGGGCCGAAGCCAGAAAAACUCUCCAAACCUUACUAUCAAAGGACUGUGACAAACUUAAAAAUGAUCAAAAUUUGAUGGAAAAAGCCUUUGUAAACCAAGCCGAAGCUACAAUGCAUUUACCAAUAGCAAUUGGAGACUACACUGACUUUUACUCAUCGUAUUACCACGCCGUCAAUUGUACCAAGAUGUUCUUGGGAAGUGAGGAAUUGACCGGUAAUUGGUGGGUAUAUUAAUAUAUUUUGUUUGUAAUAGGUGCCGACAUAAAGAACCCGCCAUUUUUUACAGAAAUUACAGACAAAAUAUGGCGGGUUCUUUAUGUCGGCACUUAAUAUUAAUGUUAUAGUACUUUACACUUGAUUUAUCGGAAGUUUUAGGUAAUAAAAUGAUGAUUCCUUUUAGGAAACACCUACCUACGGCUUAUAAUGGCAGAUCAUCAAGUGUUGUUGUCUCUGGAACUGAUAUUAUAAGACCUAAAGGACAGUUCAGGGAUUCUAAAGGUAGGUUGAUAUACAUUACUGUAGCCCUACCUUCUACCCCUACCCCCUACCCCUUAACUUCUACCUCCUACUCCCUACCUUCUACUCCCUACCGUCUAUCUUCUAUCUCCUACCCUUUACCCUCUCCUACCCUCUAUCUUCGCCUCCCCCCUUCCUUCCCCCCCCCCUCCCUACUUAACCACACCUUUCAGACUCCCCACCAACAUUCGGCCCAACCGCCCUCCUCGACUACGAAUUUGAAAUGGCAUUCGUAGUCGGUGGACCACCAACUCAACUAGGCCACCCGAUUCCAGUCGCAGAAACACAAGACCACAUCUUUGGCAUGGUGAUUCUGAACGACUGGAGCUCGAGAGACAUCCAGUUGUGGGAGAUGGCACCAUUGGGACCAUUUUUGGGAAAAUCGUUUGGAACUUCGAUUAGUCCAUGGAUCGUCACUAUGGAAGCAUUGGAGCCGUUUUUGGUACCGAAUCCGGUGCAAACACCGAAACCACUGGAAUAUCUGCGACAUGAUGAUGAUUACAGCUAUGAUAUUUUACUUGAGGUCAGUUGCUUUGGUGUUUCACUUUUUUUGCUUAAAAAUGAAUUUUUAUGCUUAAAGGCGAGCUUUAGGCUUGAAAAUGAAAUUUUGGGUUUAAAAAUGAAACUUUAGGCUUAAGAAUGAAAUUUUAGACUUAAGAAUGAAUGUUUUGUCUUAUUAGGUGUUUAAAAGUAAUUUUAGGCUUAAAAUUGAAAUUUUAGGCUUAACAGGGAGUCUUAGGCUUAAAGCUUAAUUUUGGGAUAAAAAAUGAAUAUUAGGCGUAAAAAUGAAUUUUUAGGCUUAAAAAUGGGCUUAAGGUUUAAAAAUGAACUUUUAGGCUUAUGAAUGAACUUUUAGGCUUAAAAAUGAAUUUUAGGGUUAAAAAUGAAUUUUAGGCUUAAAAAUAAAACUCUAGGAUUAAGAAUAAAACUCUAGGUUUAAGAAUGAAUUUUAGGGUUAAAAAUGAAUUUUAGGAUUAAAAAUAAAACUCUAGUCUUAAGAAUGAAUUUUAGGGUUAAAAUAAGUUUUAGGCGUAUUAAGAUUAACUUUAGGCUUAAGUAUGAUAUUUUAAUUUGAAAAAAGAAAUAUUUUAGACCACAAUAAAGCCCUCCAGCUCAACAGAAGCCUAUAAAGUAGCGAAAACCUCAUUCAAACAUCACUACUGGACAAUGAAACAACAACUAGCACAUCACACUGUGAAUGGAUGCAACGUGAACCCGGGUGAUCUGAUGGGCUCGGGAACUGUCUCCGGACCAACUGAAGGCGAACGAGGUUGUAUGUUGGAGUUGAACUGGAAUAGAACCGUGGAUAUUAAGUUGGGCGAUCAGAAGAGACACUUUUUGGCGGAUGGCGAUGAGGUGGUCAUGAAAGGUAGGGUUUUGAACGUGAUAGGAGUUGGGGUAAGGUUAUAGUAGCCUACUAUAACCUCAUACUAUUAGUAGGGCUAUUCGUUAUGGGUGGAGAGGAGGUAGGAUUCAGUAAAUUAUGAUACAUAAAAGGUAGGGACGGGAGCACGAGUAGGGGUGGCGAUAGGGGUAGGUUCAGAGGUAGGGGUUGAGGAAGGGUAGGGUAUGGUAGUGAGUAGGAGGAGGCGCUGAGGUAUGGUUGGUAUAAAGGACUUCAAAAAGCAUGUUCUUUAGGCAUGGUAAAAGUAAAACGUUUAGUGGGAGUGGGUGGGGGUUGAUAAAAAAAAUGUUUUGGGCAAGGUAUAUAUUUGAGGGGGGGGAGAGGUGAAGUAAAUUUUUUUCGGCUAGGAGGGGCUUUAAUACAGAAUUUUGAUUUUUAAUUCUCUUUUUGAUUUCAGCUCACUGUGAAAAUAACGGCAAACGAAUUGGCUUUGGAGAAUGUCGAGGAACGAUCCUACCGGCUCUACCGUAA